CCACAGCCCAGACACCAUCACCCACACGCGGUUUGGAAGCCGGUCUGGGUAGCAGUGGCUGCUGCUGCGGCUGUGGCAGAGACAGUCAGUCACCUCUUGCGGCGUUCGUUGUGCAAACAAAAGUUUAUCUGCUCCCCCCCCCCCCUCUUUGCGCACAACUCUCGUACAGCAACAGCAGCAAAUGCAAGCAGACCAAAGUCUCAGCGCAAAGUAUAUAUAUUAUAUAUACUGUAUGUGUAGUGUAUACUAUACUCUGUAGUGUACUUGGGCGUACGGUACUUGAGCAAAAAAAAAAGCCAUACUGUGUAUGUGUCAAUGCUUCGAACAGUCUAGGAUAGAUUGCUACUGUUGCUGCUUCUCCUUGCCUACCGUGUGGAAUGCAACAUCGCGAAGUUGAGCUGCUUAGUUUAACAUGAUCGUGCUGUCGUCGUCGCAAGCUGACCUCAAACACUGAGGCACUCCCUCCAGACGACGGGUCCCCAGCCACAAUCAUCUCAAUGUGCCCGCGGCUACUUGCAGGCAACAACCUGCAAGAGGAGGCGAAGGAGGAAGAGGAGGAGGAAAGGGAGCAGGGAGGAGACAGCAGCAGCAGCAGAAGAAGAUCGGCGGUGGCAUCCCGGGAUGGAGGAGGGCCACUCCCCCCUUAGGGCGCCGGGCGCCACGGCUCCAAGGCCCCAGCAGCACGACCGCCUGCUGCUGCUUCUGUUGCUGCUGCUGUGCGGGGUGGUGCGGCCGAGCGUCGGGACUCGCCACGCAUCCUCCUCGCACCCCGGUACCCUGAGCAGCGGCAGCGGCAGCAGCAGCAGCAGCGGCGGCGGCGGUGGCAUCAGUGGUAGCAGCGGCGGCGGUGGUGGCGGGGCACCGUUCCGCUACCCCUACGCGUCCGGGUCAGUCGGGACCAGCAAGGGACAGCACCAUCUGGCCACGGCUGAGCACCUGCAGGCAGGAGGCCACCACCAGCACCACCAGCACCACCAGCACCAGCAGCACCAGCAGCAGCACCACCACCAGCAGCAGCAGCGAUCCCGGAAUUGGUGCCAGUACACGGUAACGAAGAUGGUGACGUGCCAGGUGCAGAACGGCUCAGAGACCUACACUCAGCGCCUCUACCAGAGCUGCCGCUGGCCCCUGCGCUGCUCCAACAUCGUCAGGACACUGAUCCGGCCGAUGUAUCGCGUCACCUAUCGAACCGUGUCCGCCUUCGAGUGGCGGUGCUGCCCCGGCUUCAUGGGGCCCAGCUGCGAGGAGGGGUGCUUAAACUGCACAAGAAUAACCGACAUGGCAUCGAGACUGGAAUCACUGGAAGCCAAAGUGGUUCUCCUGGAGGCCGUAGGGCCCCGGGACGCGGUCACACGGAACGAUAUCCCGCUGGCCGGACGGGAGGCCAACAAGAUCCCCCCGGGUGGGGCACAAGGUCCAGCCGGCCCACCAGGCCCCGUUGGUCCGAGAGGAAGCGUGAGUGAGGAUGGAGUUAAACAGACUCCGGUUGACCCGCAAUUUGCAGGCCCACCAGGAGACAGAGGCAAAGAUGGAACACCUGGGAAUCAGGGAAACCCAGGCAUACCCGGCUUUCCUGGACCACCUGGUCGCCCCGGCCUCCCAGGAAUCGGAGGGAUUGAUGGCCCCCCGGGUCCCGUUGGGCUUCCAGGUCCUCCUGGCCCCCCUGGGCAGCCUGGUGCAACGGGGGGCAUUGGGGCAGUGGGCUUGCCAGGGGAGAGGGGGGUAACGGGUCUCCCUGGGCCGCCCGGGCCCCCAGGUCCCAUCGGAUCACCCCGUCUUUCCGAAGAGUCCGUCCCCUACAUCGACGCCUCCUCCGCCGGUUCUGCGUUUCAAGGAGUAAAGGCCCCUUCCAGCGACGUCAUCAACGCAGUGAUCGCAGGGCCCCGAGGACCGCCAGGCCCACCCGGGCCACCUGGGUCCCCAGGCCAGCAGGGCCUUGCCGGGCCAAUGGGGCCACAUGGCCCUGCAGGGAAAGACGGUUCCGAUGGAGCCGUGGGACCACCAGGGCAAGAGGGAUUGAAAGGAGAAAAAGGCGACAGGGGCGAGCGCGGUUGGCCCGGGGAGUCUGGCAUGAGAGGCACGCACGGAGAAAAAGGAAACAAGGGUGAUAUUGGAGAGAAGGGUCCUCCGGGAGAUGGAAUCCAACAACUACGAGAGGCCCUCAAGAUUCUGGCCGAGAGGGUGCUAAUCCUGGAGCACAUGCUGGGACUGCACGACUCACUCACGUCUUCGGAGUCUGGGUCCGGGGAGGAUUUCCCGACUCCACCUCCUCCGUCGGCGGCGCUGAGUAAAAUCCGGCGUGGAAUCACGCCCGCUCGACUGCGCCUUCUCCAAACCCUGCCGACACAACAACGCAGAGCUGGAGGGAACGAGUAAAGAAAAACAAAAAUCAUCGUCAAAUAAGUUAACAAUUCAAGACCACGAAAUGAGUCCACUACUUCAGUGUUGUUUUUUUUUAUUUUCUCACAAACACCAAUUAUAACUUGUUUUUUUUUUUUUAAAAAGACGUAACAUUCUUCGUCAGGUUUUAAUCAUUGUUGCGUAAGUUGCGUGGCACCACACAAACAGGGACAUUGUUCACGUGUACAUUUCUAUUUCUGGGAGAAGUCAAAUGAAAAAAAAAGCAAACAAAAG